CUGCGAGUGAGUGGCGGGAGCUGCGGGUUUCUGGGUUCAGUUCGGCGAUGUUGACCCCCGCGUUCGACCUCAGCCAGGACCCCGACUUCCUGACCCUCGUCAUCCGCGUCCCCUAUGCCCGAGUGUCCGAGUUCGACGUGUACUUCGAGGGGGACGAUUUCAGGUUCUACGCCAAGCCCUACUUUCUCAGAUUAACCCUUCCUGGGAGAAUUAUAGAAAAUGGAAAUGAACAAGGAACCUAUGAUGCAGACAAAGGAACUUUUACUAUUCGAUUGCCCAAAGAAACUCCUGGCCAGCAUUUUGAGGGGUUGAACUUGCUAACUGCACUUCUGGCACCAAGAAAAUCCAGGACUGCAAAGCCACUUGUGGAAGAAGUAGGGACAUCUGAGAUUUCUGAGGAAGGAGUAGAAUAUGAUGAUGAAGAGUUUGAUUUGGAACAGACCCCUUAUGAAGAGAUACCAGAAAGUGCUCUGAGUCUCCAGUGCCACUAUGGAUUUGGAAACUUACGAUCAGGAGUGUUUCAUCGGUUACAGGACGAACUGAGUGAUAUUAUUGAUAUUAAGGAUCCAGACCACACUUCUGCAGCUGAGCGAAGGCAGAAACGCCUGGCUGCUGAGCUAGCCAAAUUUGAUUCGGAUCAUUAUCUAGCUGAUUUAUUUGAAGACGAAGCAGUUGAACACAUUUUGAAGUAUAAUCCGUGGUGGACUGAUAGAUAUUCGAAAAUGGUAGCCUCUUUGGGAAAGAAUCAUGAGCAAGAAAAUCAUGAUGCACUAGUGUCUUUUUCUGAAGACGAGAAAUACCAGCUGCGAACAUUUGUAAAUAAAUCUUACCUCCUGGACAAGAGAGCUGUUCGCCAGGUGUACUACGGCUUGCUUGACAUCCUUCUGGCAUAUUGCUAUGAAAUCCGAGUCACUGAGGGAGAAAAUAUGGUUGAAUCUGCAUGGAAUAUCAGAAAACUGAGUCCAACGCUAUGCUGGUUUGAGACUUGGGCUAAUGUUCAUGAAGUCCUGGUGUCCUUUGGAAGAAGGGUUUUGUGCUACCCACUUUAUCGUCAUUUCAAACUGGUGAUGAAGGCCUCUGAGGACACUAUAAAGAUAUUACAACUGGGUAAUAGUGCAGUCUUAAAGUGUCUACUGGACAUUCACAAAAUUUUUCAAGAAAACGACCCAGCUUACAUUCUAAAUGACCUUUACAUCUCAGACUACUGUGUGUGGAUUCAGAAGGCCAAGUCCAAAAAGUUGGCAGCUCUUGCAAAAGCCUUAGAAGAAGUCUCUCUGACAAAGGCCCAGCUGGGAUUAGAACUGGAAGAACUGGAAGCUGCAGCAUUUCUUGUCCAGGAGGAAGAAAGUGCAUCGAAAUCAAUCCAUUCCCUUUCUGGGCAGCACAUGCCUGGCUCCACUUCUGAGACAAGUGACUCGGAAGAAACAGACAGUUCUGCAGCCUCUGAGUCCCAGGACUCAGAUUCAGAUCAGGAGGAGCUCAAGGAGAGUCCAUCAGGGACAGACAAUGCCUUGCAAAGCCCCUUUGUGGAGGUGAACAGUGCCGGGUCUUUCCUCGCCACCGGAGUGUGCAGAAACCCUAUACUCUGGAGCACCGAGUCCAGUCAGGGAGAGCCACUCGCCUCCUGCAAGGUUCCUGGAGAGCAUAAGCCUCUGAUAGAGGAACUAGGAGAACAACUGGAGACUGUGGUUCAAGUGUCUGAGUCUAGCCGUGUCGCUGCUGGGAACCACAGUGACAUGCAAGACAGAGCCAUCCAGGAGACCUGGGACAGCUAAUGCAAAGCCGUUUUACAUAUUAUUGACAGUUGUGUCAUAUUUGGCCUCAUUUCCUGAACUAGAAUCUUUUAUUUUCAUAUUGUCCUUUUGGGGAAAAAUAUCUAUAAUACAUUGUU